AUGAAUAGUGUCAAAACGGAUAAAACUACCCGGGCGGGUCCCAGCCAUGCUGGGGAAUCCCGUGGCCGCUCACAAGGCGGUCGGCCCUGUGUAUACGGGGGGGCCAACACUAUUCCGCGGUCUCGACCGCGCCACGACGACAAAUGCAAACCCACAACGGACUCGAAUUCGCUCUACGAUACGGAACAUGACGAACAGGAGGUGGAGGCCUGUGCCCCGAAGGUACACGCCGAAACCAGCGACCACAGCAAGAAAAUGACGGACUCUGAACUGGGGUCGGAGGCUUCUGCAACCUCUGCGUUGCCGGAUAAGAAGGUUCGACCCAAACCAACACGCAAGCGCCGGAAAGAGAUUGCCUCUCUGCAUGAGAACUCUUCUCUUUCGGAGGAGGAAGUGGCCCCAGCGCCUAAAUUCAGCACUGCCCGCCGCGGUAAGAAGGUCGGCAGUGGCCAGCGGGCGGACUAUUAUAGGAGAGUGGAGGAGCUGGAGGAGCUCGACUUUAAUGCCGACCUCGAUAGGAGGGCCAAAGCCAGUCUGGUCCGCCGAGAAAGGAGUCAGGCGGGUUCAAUCUCGCCGAACCUUGAAGAUCCCAAGUCCAAGGUGGACUAUGAGAGGCUGGACCUGGAGCAGCUGAGGGCUCGCGGGGGACUGUUUGUCUCCGAGAUCGCCCGCGUCUCUCAGGCAUCCGGACGUUUACAGGGUCCUCUGAAAGGAGCCCUCAACAGGUCAGCGGAUAACCUCGCCGGCAUCCUCGACCAGCUGGCAGCCCGCUCCGAGACGGAGGAAAACCGCCGGCUGAGGAUCGACAACGCCAACUUGAGGCGAGAAAUGGAAAGUCUCCAUGUGGAGAUCCGCGCCCUUAAGCGCGAGAUGGCGGAGCUGACUGCCAAUGUCGGCAAAAGGAAUGUGAUGCCCCCGCCGGCGGUCCCGUCAACUCACGAGGACGACAUGGAGGCCCAGACCCACGAGGACGAGAUGGAGGCCCAGGCUCCCGCGAGAGACCCCCUCCCCCAGGGCGCAUUAUGCGCCCAAUCUAUAGAGGAGCUCCUGCAGAUGGCCUGCCAAAGAGCUAUAGACUCGGCGGCCAAGCUCAUAGACGCCAGACUCGGAGAUCUGGAGAGCCGUUUGCCGCCCCAGAGGACCCUCCGCCCCCCACUAGCGUCUGACUCAAGAACUGCCUCGGCCCCUACGGCAAGCUCAGCCCCUGCAGCAGGGCCAACCCCUGGACCGAAGCGGAAGCGCACGGCGGCUAGGCCGCCGCCCCCAUCCCAGCCGGAGCCGGUGGCUUCCAGCCAGGAGGUCAGGGCGACGACCUCGACUGCCCCACCAGCGGAGACAUGGGCCACCGUGACGCGGCGAGGGAAAAAGGGAAAACCCCGGUCUGCGGCAGCUUCCCAGCCGGCCCCUGCGCCCAAGACGGCCCCGACGGCACCCAAACCUAAGCCGAAGGUGAAGUUAACCCCUCCCCGCAGCGCAGCCAUUGUUGUGACGCUGCAACCUGAGGCGGAGAAGAGAGGGGCAACUUAUAAGAAGGUGCUCACCAAGGCCAAGGCUGCAGUGGACCUAGCUGAGCUGGGAAUCCCGAACAUUAAGGUCACUGACUCGGCGACCGGAGCUCGCCUAAUUGAGGUUCCAGGCGCCGAGUCCAAGGACAAGGCAGACAAGCUGGCCAUUCAGCUGAGGGCGGCUCUCGGUGGCGACGUAAUCGUCACCAGGCCUGAAAAGCGCGCAGACAUGCGCAUUAUCGGCCUGGACGAAUCAGUCACCAGAGAGGAGGUUGCCGAAGCGGUGGCCAGCAGGACAGGCUGCUCUCAGGAGGCAGUGAGAGUGGGGGAGAUUCGGCGCAGCACCCGUGGUGAGGGAACUACCACGAUUAGCUGCCCAGUCGUAGCGGCCAAAGCCCUGUCGGAGGCCGGUCGCCUUCUUGUGGGCUGGUCCUCGGCCCGUGUACAGGUUCUGGAUCCUCGCCCGAUGCGGUGCUUCAAGUGCAUGGGCCUUGGACACACCCGGCAGCUGUGCCCCUCUACAGUGGACCGAAGCGGCCUAUGCUUCCGGUGCGGCAAUCCGGGACAUAAGGCUGCGGAUUGUGACGGUCAGGCGCACUGCGCUGUCUGUGCCGAGGCCGGUUGCGACAUCAGCCACCACAUGGGGGGAAGAAAUUGCAAACCCCCCCAGAAAAGAGGGAAAGCAGUUCCGAGGGUCUCAACCCCCUUGAUAGAGGAGCACCACGAGCGGUGCGAGGAGGCGAACCUCAACCACGCUGCUGGGGCGCAGGAUCUCUUUCUACAAUCCCUGGCAGCGUGGAACAUUGACGUGGCGGUGGCCUCGGAGCCGUACUGGGUUCCCCCGCAACCGCAUUGGGUAGGCGACGCCGCAGGGGAUGUGGCAAUCAUAUGCCGGAAUGGGCCCGCCACUACUCCUCUUAAUCUGAGAGACCGCGGCCCUGGUUUUGUGACGGCCCAAUGGGGGAGAUACGCGAUUGUCGGCGUUUAUUUCUCCCCCAACAAGCCCCUGUCGGCCUUCGAGACUUUUCUCGGCGUCUUGGGUCCCGCGAUUCGUCGGCUGGCGCCGCUCCAGGUCAUCCUCAUGGGCGACCUGAAUGCGAAAUCGCGUAUGUGGGGCGGGAACUUCACCGAUGUGAGAGGUAGGGCCCUCGAGGACUGGGUGGCCGAACUAGGGCUGUCCGUUCUGAACACCGGGACAGCCCAUACCUGCGUCAGGGCACAGGGUGGCUCAAGGGUGGAUGUGUCUUUCGCCACCCCUGCGGUCGCCCAACGCGUCGUCAACUGGCGGGUGAUGGAGGAGGAGACUCUCUCGGACCAUCUCUACAUCCGGUUCGAGGUCUCUCCCUCCACCACUCCCCGAGCGCCUCGUCGUACUGGCCACUCGGCCUUUCCUAGGUGGGCCACAACCAAGCUGGACAAAGAAAAGGCCGAAGAGGCGGCCAUUGUCCAGGCCUGGUGCAGCAAGGGGAGUCCUCAUCCCUCCGAUGCCGACGCCGGUGCCGCCUGUCUCCGAGCGGCAUUGACUCAGACGUGCGAUGCGGCAAUGCCGAGAGCCCAACGCACUGGCAACAGACGGCAGGUUUACUGGUGGUCUCAGGAAAUAGCGGACCUCCGGGCCACCAGUAACGCGGCAAGGAGGGCCUAUUUGCGCCACCGUCGUCGCGCAACACGGGACCCAGUGGAGGAGGAGCGCCUGCGCGUGGCCUACAAGGAGGCCAAGAGGACGCUCCAGGUGGCCAUCAUGGAGGCUAAGGCGGCAGCCCACAACGAAAUGCUGGAGGAGCUCGACGGUGAUCCGUGGGGGCGGCCAUAUCGCGCAGCGCGGAAUAAGCUGCGCGGACAGUCGGCGCCAGUCGCGGAGACCAUAGAGCCAGACCUCCUGCGGCGGGUGCUGGGGUCCCUGUUUCCCCAACAAGGGGACUUCCGUGCCCCGGCUCCUGUCCGCAGCCGUAGAGCCCAAUCACCGGAGCCUCCAACCCCCCCGGUGUCAAUGGUAGAGGUUGGUGUCGCCCUCGACCGACUCCACGGCAGCAGGAAGGCCCCAGGCCCAGAUGGGGUCCCAGGGAAGAUCCUCCGCCUGUUCAUGCAGGUGGAAGAAAAUGAGGACCGUCUUCGGGAACUCUUUGACCUGGUGUUCAGAACCAGUCAGUUCCCGAAGAUCUGGAAGGAUGGCCGGCUAUGCCUGCUGAGAAAGGAGGGUCGGCCGCCCGACUCCCCCUCUGCGUACAGGCCCAUCGUGCUGCUCGAUGAGGCGGGGAAGGUCCUCGAAAGGAUCAUCGUUUCCCGCCUCACCAAGCACCUGAAUGACGUGGGCCCCAACCUGUCGGAGCGGCAGUUCGGCUUCAGGGCGGGGCGCUCUACACUUGACGCCUUGUCCGCCCUGAAGUCAAAAACAGAGGAGGCUGUAUCCCGCGGCGAAAGGGCACUGGCGGUGUCGCUGGACAUCGCCAACGCCUUCAAUAGUCUGCCCUUUGACACGAUAGUGUCGGCGCUUCAUUAUCACGGAGUGCCGGCCUAUCUCAUCAGGAUAGUGGCGGACUACCUGCGGGACCGACAGGUCAGUCUUGUUGGCGCGGAUGGGGAGCUGGUCCAGCAGCGGAUUUUCCGCGGGGUCCCCCAGGGGUCGGCCUUAGGGCCGACUCUUUGGAACAUUGCCUACGACAGUGUGUUGCGGUGCAGGCUCCUUAGAGGGACGAGCCUGCUUUGUUACGCCGACGACACACUUGUCGUGGCCACAGGAAGGGCCCUGCCGGAACUCUGCCUGCGGAUAGAGGCGGCCACCGAAAUGGUUGUAGCCCGUAUCAGGGCGGCGGGCCUGGAAGUGGCCCCCCAUAAGACCGAGGCCCUAAUGUUUCACGGGCCUCGGAAGGGACCGCCACCAGGUGCCCACCUCAAUAUAGAGGGUGUCCGUGUGCGGAUAGGGGGCCAGAUGAAGUAUCUGGGCCUAGUGUUGGACGGGCGGUGGAACUUCCACGCCCAUUUCGAGGGCCUGGCCCCCAAACUUACAGGGGCGGCAGCUGCAUUGGGCAGACUGCUGCCUAACACGCGGGGCCCCAGCGUGAGCUGUCGCAAACUCUACGCUGGGGUUAUAAAGAGCAUGGCCCUAUACGGGGCUCCCAUAUGGGUGGGUUCUCUCGACAGAGAGAACCGUGCCGCUCUGCGGCGCCCGCAGCGCACCAUCGCUUUGCGGGCGAUAAGAGGGUACCGUACCGUAUCACACGGUGCGGCGUGCGUUUUGGCCGGGCUCCCCCCAUGGGAACUCGAAGCAGAGGUCCUCGACGUGGUCUACCAAUUCAGAACGUCGAGGCGCGAGGCAGGGGAGCGCCCGGCAUACGAGGAGGUGGAGCGCGUCCGCGAGCUUGCCCGAGAGGAGCUUCUGCGGCGCUGGGAGCGGGAGUUGGUAGACUGCCGCUAUGGCGUGAGAACCAUAGAGGCGAUCCGCCCGGUCCUGGACCAGUGGGUGCAUCGGAGGCACGGCUUCCUCACCUAUCGUCUGGUGCAGGUGCUAACUGGACACGGAUGCUUCGGUUGGUACCUGCAUCUGAUCGGUAGAGAGCCGAGCCCUGAAUGUCACGAGUGCGGCGCUGCGGAAGAUACGGCUCAGCACACCCUUGAGGUGUGCCCAGCAUGGGUCCAGCAGCGCCGGGCUCUGACUGCGGUGACUGGUCCGGACCUCGCGCUCCCCAGCGUCGUGGUUGCGAUGCUCCUGGGCGAGAGCGCGUGGGACGCCAUGGUCUCCUUCUGCGAAGAGGUGAUGCUGCAGAAGGAGACCGCGGAACGGGCUAGGGAAGUAGAUCCCGAAGCCCACGCGCUCCGGCGCAGACGGCCGGGGGGAAGAAGGAGGAGAUUCGCUCGCCUCCUUCCGCCUCCCUAG